AUGGUAAGAUUUAGCUGGGCUUGCCUGGCAAAGCGGCAAGAUCGACUUACGACCAAGGAGCAGAAGGUCCAGCUCUACAAGUACUUUGAUCGGCAAUUGCAGCGAGAGGAGCGAUCGGUGAAGCGCGCGGAGAGGCAAUUACGCAAGAAGAGGAGCGCGGAGGAGAAUGCCGAGGCGCGGGCAGAGGAGAUGGAAGCCGGGAGCGCACAAGAGCGGCGGGCGAUCCGCGCCAGGCAGCGGGAGGCGCGAUUCGGCGAGGACGGGGACGAUUUCCGGGAGAUUUUCGACGCCGAGGGGGUGAAAUUCUCGGCGCGCUACAAGCCCCCGCCCAAGCAGGAGCCCUGCUGGUGGAAGAGCGCCUGGGGGAUCCUCCCCAGCGCGGAGCGCUUCGCGGACAUGGGCGCCGUGGAUGCCGUCCUCGCGGCGGUGGACGAGCGCCGGAUCGACACCCGGGCGCCCUUCCUCUACCAGCAUUUCCUGGAGAAGUGCAUCGCGGGCAGGGCGAUCGAGCAGGGGCGCAAGGUCCACGCUCACAUCAUCAAGAAUGGCCUCUCCCAGGAUCGAAAUUUCUCCAAUCUCCUCGUCCAGAUGUAUGGCGCGUGCCGCGAGAUCGAGGACGCCGUCAGGGUGUUCACCUCCAUCGCCUACAAGAACACGCGAUCCUACGCCGUGAUGAUCUCCGCCUACAGCGAUCACGGCGACUACCGCAAGGCGCUGGAUCUCUUCCACCGCAUGGUGGAGACGCUGGAGCCGGACGACUUCGUGCUCUCCACCGCGCUCCACGCCGCCGGGAUGAUCCAGUCGCUCGAGGACGGGCGCGCCAUCCACAAGUGGAUCCUCGACUCGGAGAUCAAGCCCGAGCUCGCGCUGGAGAAUUCCAUCCUGGAGAUGUACGCGCGCUGCGGCGAUCUGCCCAUGGCAUCGCAGCUCUUCACUGCCAUGCCCGCGAGGAACUCCGCGAGCUGGAGCGUCUUGAUCGCCGGCUACAUCGAGGGUGGCGAGCCGGAGGAAGGGCUCAAGCUCUACAAGAGGAUCCAGCACGGGGUUCACCGGGUGGAUCUUAGCGCCGCCACGAUCGUCCUCCUGGUUCGCGCUUGCGGCGAGCUGGAUCUCCUCGAGGAGGGCCGGGAGAUCCAUCGCGGGCUCAACGAGAGGGAGCUCGGCUACCCGGGCGUGGCCGCCGCGCUCAUGGAGAUGUACGCGCGGUGUGGGAUCGUGGACGACGCGAGGAAGCUCUUCGAUCAGCUCCCCCAGAGAGAUCUCGUCGCGUGGAACUCGAUGAUCUCGGUGUAUGCCCGGACUGGGCAUCCGCGCGAGGCGCUGGAGCUCUACGAGAAGCUGGAUCUAAGCCCGGACAAGCAGACUUACCUCGCGAUGCUGCUCGUGUACGCGGAUCUCGGGGACCUGGAUCGCGGCCACCGGAUCCGGCUGCUGCUGGAUCAGACCGACAGCGAUCUGGAGCUCCAGGCCGCGAUCGUGAGCUUCUACGCGCGGUGCGGCGCGAUCCGGGAGGCGAGAGGGGUGUUUGACAGGAUCCGGCAGCGCGACGCCGCGUGCUGGACCGCGAUGAUCCACGCCUACGUCGCGGGCGGCGAGGCGGCGCGCGCGAUCGAGCUCUUCCGGGAGAUGAGCGUGGAGCCGAGCCCCGAGACGUACGCGAUCGUGCUGUGGGCGUGCUCGAUCGCGGGGGAUGCCACCACCGGCAAGGCGCUGGACGAGGAGAUCUCGAGGACGGAGCUCCGAUCCAAUCUCCUCGUCCAGAACUCGCUGGUGGGGAUGUAUGCGCGGAGUGGGCAGCUCAUGUACGCGAAGUGGGAGUUCGAUCGGAUCGCCUGCCGGGACUGCGUGUCGUGGAACAUCCUCCUGGGCGCGUAUGCCCAGCUCGGGCAUUGCCGCGAGGCGCUGGAGCUCUUCCCGCAGAUGCCACAGGAGGGCGUGGCGCCCGACGGUGUGACGUUCGUGGCGGUGCUGUGCUGCUACUGCCGGAUCGCCCCGGCGCCGGUGGGGGAGGAGUGGUGGGAGCAAUUCGUGCGCAUGGUGGCGGAUUUCGGGAUCGCGCCUUGGGUGGAGCACUACGCGUGCGUGAUCGAGCUGCUGGGGCGGGAGGGGAAGCUGGGCGAGGCGGAGGAGCUCGUGAGGACGAUGCCGUUCGAGGCGGAGGCCGAGCAGUGGAGCGCGCUGCUGGCGUCGUGCCGCGCGCACGGGGAUGACAAGCGGGCCGCGCGGUCGGCAUACCGGAUCGCGGAGAUGGAGGGAGCCGCUGCCGCCGCUGCCGCGGGAUAA